GUGGUGGAGUGCGGGCGGGUCGGAGGGCGGCGGGCCGGAACUAGUGCUUCCGGGGUGAGCGGGGAGCGGUGGGCCGGGGGCGGAGGGAACCGGGACCCCCGGGGCUGCCGGGCGAUCGCCGGGUCCCCGCGCGGGCCCCGCGCCGCCGCUCGCCUGGCCGUGGCCGCCGGUCCCCCCGGAGGCCGCCUCCCCCGCCCGUCCCUCCCGCAGCCGCCCGCGCCGGUCCAUCGUGCAGAGCCCGCCCGCGCCCUCCGGGGGUCGCCGCCUCACCUGGGCCCCGGCGCCGCAGCCGGCACGGCCGCCGGACACCCGCCGCGCGGGAGGCCGCAGAGGGCGUGGCCCAGACCAGGACGCUCCAACUCCAGCGCGGCAGAUGACGUCCCUGGUGGCUUAUGAGGACUCGGGCUCUGAGAGCGAGCCAGAGCACGUCGGGGGGCCGCAGGCUGCUGCCAGGAUGACAGGCGCCCUCGACGUGGACAUCCCGGGCGAGUCAGCGGCGGGGCCCCCGGGGCCGGGCUCCUGUGCCACCCAGGCCAGCCGUCCUCGCCUCCCGCUGGCCCGGCUGGGGCGCAUCGAGCCGGGGCCCUGCCCCAGCCAGAGGCUCCAGUGGCCCCGGCCGGAGCCCGACACCCCUGUGCCCACCCGCGCGCCCUCCCGACCCUCCCUUUGGGCGAGCCCCGCCCUGGCCGGCCCGGGACCCCUGGCGGCCACCCCCUGGAAGCGUGGCCCCCGGCCCCGGGAGCCCCGCUGCUCCCCGCAGACGACCCUCUGUGCCCAGCCCCCCGAGCCGGCCCCCGGGCCGAGCGUCUCCCCUUUGCCGAAGAGGAGGGCCGAGGACUGUGUGGUGCCCUACACCCCAAAGAGACUCAGGCAGCUGCAGGCACCCAGCCGGGAAGCAGACGCCAGUGGGGAAGGGGCCGAGCAGGGCUCUGCCCCGGGGCCCCUCCCUGGGCCCCCCCGAGUGUCUGCGUUCCUCGAGCCCUACUUGGACAGCCCGUACCAGGAGACGUUGAUCCCCAAGAAACUGCUCUUCCAGCUGCGAGGCCACGGGGGCCCCGUCAACAGCAUCCAGUGGUGCCCCGCUCGGCCCGGAAGCCACAUGCUGCUGUCCGCCUCCAUGGACAAGACCUUUAAGGUGUGGGAUGCCGUGGACGCGGGCCGCUGUCUGCAGACCUACUCUGUACACGGCCAGGCAGUGCGGGCCGCCCGGUGGUCACCCUGUGGCCGGAGCGUGCUCAGCGGUGGCUUCGACUGCGCCCUGCGCCUCACGGACCUCGAGACAGGAAGCCAGCUUCUUCACGGACACAGCGGCUUUAGAAUCACUGCCUUGAAAUUUCACCCCAAGGAUCACAACGUCUUCUUGUGUGGAGGCUUCAGCUCUGAAAUCAAGGCCUGGGAUCUAAGGGCCGGCAAGGUGGUGAAGGGCUACAAGGCCGCCAUCCAGCAGACCCUGGACAUCCUCUUCCUCCAGGAGGGCACCGAGUUCCUGAGCAGCACUGACGCCUCCAGCCGGGACUCGGCCGACCGCACCAUCAUUGCCUGGGACUUCCGGAGCUCUGCCAAGAUCUCCAACCAGAUCUAUCAUGAGCGGUACACCUGUCCCAGCCUGGCCCUGCACCCAAAGGAGCCUGUGUUCCUGGCCCAGACCAACGGCAAUUACCUGGCCCUCUUCUCCGCGGUCUGGCCCUACCGCAUGAGCCGGAGACGGCGCUAUGAGGGGCACAAGGUGGAAGGCUACUCGGUGGGCUGUGAGUGCUCCCCGGAUGGGGUCCUGCUGGUGACCGGCAGCGCCGACGGCCGAGUGCUGCUCCACACCUUCCGCACGGCCAGCCGGGCCCGCACGCUGCACGCCCACCCGCAGGCCUGCCUGGGCACCCGCUUUCACCCCGUGCUGCCCUCCGUCCUGGCCACCAGCUCCUGGGAGGGCGAUAUCAAGAUCUGGCACUGAGCCGCCCAGCCCCAGCCUUUUGGACCCUACCGGAACCUUCUGGCCCCCAGGCGUGGGGAGGGGCGUGUGACUGGGCCCCGAGCUGGGCUUGGGGUGCUGCCCCCCGUGGUGGGGUCUCCUCAUCUGUGAGGCAGGAGCAGAGCAGUUGUCUCAGGGCCAGGGUGCCUGGCAGAGCCAAUAAACGCAGUAUUUUGCUGU